AUUCCCACCACUAACAUUGAAACCAACCCACUUCAACGGAAACCAACUCAGCGUUGAAUAACUAAAACAACUCACCCUCUCUCUCUCUCUCUCUCUCUCUCUGUGAUUCUGAGCAUAUCUUCAAAAUUCAAUUCAGAAAGAAAGGGUUUGCCUUUAAUGGAGGUUCAGACUCACACCCACACUCUCUCUGAGGCCUUUGACCUUAACCCCAACCCUUCAUUUUCAUAUAUCAACGCCAUUCACACCGCCGAUUUCCGGAGCUCCGAAUACCCGGACCCGAACUCCCCACUCACACCCGAUGACCCGUCACUGUCCAAUCCCUUCCAUACCCAGCAAUCGCCGGAGCCCGACUCGCCGGUACGCGCGUGCCCUCAGACCAACGCUGCCCUUAAGGUGCAGAAGGUGUACCGGAGUUAUCGCACCCGGCGGAGGUUGGCUGAUUCCGCCUUCGUCGCUGAGCUGUGGUGGCAAGCGAUAGAUUAUGUGAGGCUAAACCACAGCACGAUAUCGUUCUUCAAUUUGCCAGAGAGUGCAGCUUCACGGUGGAGUAGGGUCAAACUCAACGCUUCCAAGGUGGGUAAGGGGUUGUCCAUAGAUGCCAAAGCACAAACAUUGGCUUUUGAGCAUUGGAUUGAAGCUAUUGAUCCACGCCACCGUUAUGGGCAUAACUUGGAUUAUUACCAUGAAGAGUGGCGCAAAACGGAUGCUGGUCAGCCAUUCUUUUAUUGGUUGGAUUUAGGAAAUGGGAAAAAUCUUGAUCUUGAAAGUUGCCCCCGUUCAAAGCUUCGUAAACAAUGCAUAAAGUACCUUGGACCUCAAGAGAGAGAGAACUAUGAAUACAUUGUCUGCGAGGGAAUAAUCAUCCACAAGCAAUCUGGAGAUUUCCUUCAUACCAAAAAAGACUCUGAUGAUGCCAAGUGGAUAUUUGUUAUGAGCACCUCUAAGAAACUUUAUGCUGGCAAGAAAAAGAAGGGAUUGUUCCAUCAUUCUUCUUUUUUGGCUGGUGCAGCUACGGUAGCUGCUGGAAGGCUUGAGGCCGAGCAUGGAAUUCUGAAGUCCAUCUCAUCAUAUAGUGGGCACUACCGGCCAACAGAUGACACUGUCAACAGUUUCAUAUCAUAUCUCACGGAAAAUGGUGUCAAGCUUGAUGAAGUUGAGAUACUCAAGGCAAAUUAUGACAUUGAUAAUUAUGAGGAAGGCAAGCCUAGUGAAAUAGACGCAACAUCUGAAGUUUCUAGCACUGCUAAUAUGGCUGAGCCUGCAAAUUCUGAGGAAGCUGAGAAUACCCCAUCCUCAGAUAAAAAAGAUCAUCCUCAACCUAUAUCUGUUGGUAGUUAUAAAAGGACUCUAUCAGGUGGUCUUCAGAGCCCAAGAGCUGAGGUGCCCAAGACUGCAAUAUUGCAAAGAAUCAAUUCCAAGAGGGCUACAAGAUCCUACCAAUUGGGGGAUAAACUUUCACGUAAAUGGUCAACUGGAGCUGGACCUAGAAUUGGGUGUGUUGCUGACUACCCUGUAGAGCUUAGACUACAGGCCUUGGAGAUGCUUAACCUUUCUCCAAAAUUUCCCCCAUCUCCUUCUUCAUGCAUGCCAUUGGGUGGUCUUGUAUCCCCUACAGCUUGUCUCACACCUAGUAGCACUCCAAUUUACAGUGAUGAGACUUCUGUUAAUUGAACUACUAACUGGUCAUAAGAUUAUGCUUCCAGCCAAGUGUAGUGAUACUUUUAAUUAAGUUUUUUCCUGCUUAGCUUAUAAGUGCUCUAAUUAAUGUAAAAUAUCCGUUCUCUAUGUUAUCUCAACUUUUGAGGACUUGGGGUUAUCUUAUAAAAUCCAAU